AUGGAGCCUGGGCAAACAGCUGUGAGAGUGCGGCUUUGGACCGUUGCAAAGGGGCCUUCUUUGGGCUCCACAUCUGCAGGGCAUUGCAGAGCCGUGGGCCGCAGGCUGCAGCCAGAGCUGCCGCACAGCAAAACUGUGGCAGCCCAAGAAUCAGCGCACGGCUCUUCUGCAUCUUCUGAGACUUGCAGUUGCCAGAGGAACAGCAAGCAGGACAAGAAGAGCUCUGCAUCAGGAGGAGAAGGGGUUUGCUGGGCACAAGUACGGCAACAAGGCAGAGCAGCCGCUCUUGUGAGGUCACGGCAGCGGUGCCACGUCACAGAGCUGUCAGCACAGCGCCGUCCCGGGGCGCGCGGGGCCUCGCUGUCCAGAGCGGCUCUUGCGCUCGCUGGCUGCGGGAGGAUCCUUGUGAUCAAGGAGUUCUCAGCAGACGGCCUGCACCCCGAGAGGAGUCUCGCUUUUUCCCUCGGUGACAUUCAGUGUGCAAACCUGCAGAGCACUGCUAAAAUGAUCAAGCAAGUCUGUGCCGCGGUUUGCACCGUUUUUUCUAUUGCCUAUUCCAGCUACUACCUGCUGCAGCUGACUCGGGGCAUUGUGAGUCUGGGCCAGCCACGCAGAGGUACACUGGCAUUUGAAAACUUGGACGAGGGUAAGUGUGAUGCCUGCUCCUUAUACAAAAGCGUGGGCCAGGUCUUUGGCUGCUGCAAUAUCAAGAGUGAAGUCAGGCAAGCUCCAAACACGGUCAAACUCUGCCUUUCCCUCCUGCCACCUCUCAGGACUGCUGAGUCAGGGCAGUCCAAAGGCAUCAUCAAAGCCAACUGGGGAUUUGGAGCUGUUUAUAAAGCCCUCGAUGCCAGCACGGGACAACAGGUGGCCAUCAAGAAAAUUCGCCUUCAUGGGAAGAGAUCCGAGGAGCUGGCUGCCAAUGAAAUCCUGGCCAUGAGGGACAACAGGAAUGCCAAUAUUGUCACCUACUUAGACAGCUACCUGGUCCAUGGGGAACUCUGGCUGGCGAUGGAGUUGAUGGACGGCGGCACGUUGUCAGAUGUGCUCAGGGCAGUGUACCUGGAGGAAGGACAGGUCGGCGCUGUCUGUCGGGAGUGCCUACAAGGACUGCAUUUCCUUCACUCCCACCAAGUCAUCCACAGAGAUGUGAAAAGCAGCAACGUUCUUGUGGGCAUGGACGGAUCAGUCAAACUGGCUGACUUUGGCCUCUGCGCUCAGCUCAGCCCUGAGCGCAGCAAGCGCAGCUCCAGGGUGGGCACUCCCGGCUGGAUGGCACCAGAAGUGGUGAGAGGAGAAGCCUACGGCCCCAAAGUGGACAUCUGGUCGCUGGGGAUCAUGGGGCUGGAAAUGGUGCAAGGGGAAGCUCCUUUCCAGAAGGAAGCCCGUCUGAGGGUUGGUGAACUGAUAGAAAGGAACGGGCCCCCACAACUGCAGAACCCCCGGCACUCUCUGCGCCUCUUCCUGAGCUGCUGCCUGCAGGCAGACGAGGACGGGCGCUGGUCUGCCCAGGAACUGCUGGAGCAUCCCUUUGUGACUUCAGGCCAUCCUGCCUCCAGCCUGGCCGCUCUGAUCAUCUCAGCCAAGCAAGUGCGAGAGGAGUGGAAAGGGGAUGCCUGCUGUUUUGGCCCAGAUUCCCCCAUGCCCUGA